GCCGUCCUGUCCGCUCCCGCAGGGAGGAGAAGGGGCGGGGGACGCCGGCGGCACCGCCCCAACGCUUUACCUCAGAAAAGAGGCGGGAACCUGUCCCCAAGCCGCCCCCCCGCCUCCUCGACUUUUACCUCAGAAAAAAAGGCGGGAACCUGGCUCCAGGCCGCCGCCCGCCAUGCCCGGGGAGGGGCGCGGUGAAGGAGACGUGAGGGCGGGGCCGCCAUCGCGCGCCCGCCCCUAGCCCAGCGGGAUGACCCCACGCCAGCAGCUGGUGCAGUCGGUGCUGCGGGAGCUCCAGGAGGCGGCGGAGUGCCUGGGGCCGGAGGGCCUGACCGGCGCGGCCCUGGAGGCGGAGCGCACCCUGUCGUCCUUCUCCCUGCCCCCCGCCUGCCGGCGCGGGACGCGGCCGCCCCGGGACGCGGAGGUGGACCCCGUGGCCCGGAGCCUCUACCCGGCCGACGCCCCCCGCCGCAUGCUGCCGCUGGCCUGGCGCGGGCCGGGCAGCCGGCUGUUCGAGGCGGCCAGCCUCCUGCUGUGGGGCAGCCCCCGGCUGAGCCCCGAGCUGCGGGCCCGCACCGUGGUGGAGAUGGUGCUGCACAGACGCUACUACCUGCGGGGCAUGAUCGACUCCAAGGUCAUGCUGCGGGCCGCCCGCUACUCGCUCUGCUCGGAGGAGUGCCCGGAGAUGACGGGCCUGGCCCCGGCCACCCUGGAGGCCAUCUUCGACGUGGACGUCCAGGCCUCCUGCUUCCCGGGCAGCUUCACCAACGUGUGGCACCUGUACGCCCUGGCCUCGGUGCUGCAGCGCAACAUCUACUCCAUCUACCCCAUGCACAACCUGAAGAUCCGGCCCUACUUCCACCGGCUGAUCCGGCCCCGCCGCUGCGACCGGCGCCCGGCCACGCUGCACAUCAUGUGGGCCGGCCGGCUGCUGCCCGGCGGCCGGGCCUUCCGGCCCCAGUACUUCGCCGCCGUGGCGGGCCCCGGGGAGCGGCGCCGGGGGGCCGCCGCCCGCUCCGCGGCCAAGCGCUUCCUGCAGUCCCGCCUCCGCGCCGGCCAGGUCCUGCCGCUCCGGCGCUUCCGCCAGAUGUUCCCCGACGUCUCCCGCUCCACCUACUACGCCUGGAAGCACGAGCUGCGGGGCCCCGCGGGCGGGGGGGCGCCGGCCGCCGGGCCCGCCCCGGCCCCCGCGCCGCCCGCCGCCCUCUUCAUGCGGGGGGCCAAGACCUACCUGGAGCGCUGCAUCUCCGUCGACACGCCGGUGCCCUACCGCUGCUUCAAGCGCUGCUUCCCCGGCAUCUCCCGCUCCACCUACUACAACUGGCGCCGCAAGGCCCUCGGGGCCGACCCCGGCCCGGGGCCCCCGCCGGCCCCGCGGGGGGCGGGGGGCCCCGGGCCGGCCCGGCCGGGGGCGGCGGGCCGGGCCCGGGCCCGGGCGGGCGGGCCCUCCCUGGCGGGCCGGCGGAGGCGGGCGCGCCGCGUCGCCCGGAGGCUGGUCCAGAGAGGGCGGCUCCCCUUCUGCCGCUUCCGCCUGCGCUACCCGGCCCUGUCGCCGACCUCCUUCUGGCUCUGGAAGGGCGGGGCCCGGCCCCGGGGCCCGCCCCCCGCCGCCUCCGGCCCCCCGGCCCGGCCCGGCCCGGGGCCCGGGGGGCCGCCGCCCCCGCCGCCGCCGCCGCGGGGCCCCCGGGCCCUCACCGCGGCGCCCCGGCCGGCCACGCCGUGGCGGCGGGGCCCCGGGCCGGGCGGGGAGGGCCGCGUGUUCGUCGUGGACGUCGUCGCCGCGGCCCGGUUCAAGGCCCAGGCCAAGCUCUUCCUGCAGAGGCGCUUCGAGUCCCAGACCUUCCCGUCCUACAAGGAGUUCCGGGCCCGGUUCCCCCUGACCGCCCGCUCCACCUAUUACAUGUGGAAGCGGGCCCUCCACGACGGCCUCUCCCUCGUGGACGCCUGAGAGGAGGGCCGGGGCGGCGGGGGCCCCGCCCGGCCCGCCCUCCGCCCCUCGGCCCCGGCGCGACCUUUCCGUUCUCGCUCCGGAUCGGGCCCCCCGCCCCGGGCCGGGGCGGGUGAGGCGAUGGGACCCGGCCCCGUGACGCCCGAGGCAAUAAAGAGGGUUUUUCGCCGUCGGCGAGCGCGA